GGGCGGAGGCCCCGGCGGGCGCGGCUGUGCGUGCGCCGCUGAGGGUGGUGGCGGCCCGCACCCCGCCCUCAGCUGCCGCCCCCGCCGCCGCCUCGGCGUGUCAGGUGCUGUGAGAAGCGCCGAGGGAUAUGACUGGAGCCGACUUUCCAGAAGCGGCGCACGCAAGGCACAGCUCCGCACGCAAGGGGGAGGCGACAGCAGAAGAAACUUUUCAACCCAAUAAAGUUCGCAGGCGCGCCGAGAUUGGCCUCCUCCUCCCCCACCUCCCUCCAGGAAUCUUCAGAGAGCCCCCCGCCCCCCGAGUUCUUCCCAGCUUGGCUGCAGGCCGGGCGCCAAAGACCUCAGACACAGCCUGCGAGACUCCGCGCUCUCCAGUGGGCGGCGCCACCUGGAAGAGUCUCUACGCGGGAAACCUCGGGGCCAGCUGCGGCGCGCCAGCGCUGGCCUUUGUGUGCCAAGGAUGGUCGGGGCCUGAGGGUUGGGGAGCGGCGGCUUUUAGAGAUUCUCGAUCACGCCGCGCAAGGUGAAAGAAGAACUUUGUGCGCUAAAGGGCCUGAUAUGACGAGCCGAUGAGCUUGAAAAGAGAACGUUAAGAUGAAAAUAAAACAACCCGGGAAGCAGUAAGGCAAACCGCCAUUACGACAGAGCUUUCCUCUUUUCCAAACUGACAGGUUUCCUUCCCCGGUUCGGGCGCCCAAGGAUCCCGAGGGAUUUUCUCUCGGGGAAGGAAGCUCAAGUCACUGAGAGGGAAGUGAGAUAGGGCGCCUGGUCCGUGGAGCGCGCUCCCGCCGAGAGCUCAGUGGGCUGCUCUGGUUCUGUCUCGAGCGCGCGUCCCGGGAAACCGUGCAAGCUUAGAUGCGGGAUGACUGCGAGGAAGAGUGGUUUUCGGGCAAAGGAAAGGCUCCCACCGUGGCUUCCAGGAAAGCCGACAGCUACUGCGCCAAAAGUAGCUCGCGGCACGCCGGGGCAACCUCGCGUGACCACCCGCGCGCGGCGACUCCAGUUGCUGCGGGAGAGGUUUGGGCAGUCCCGGCGCGUCUCGCCCCCGCCCCCCCCGCAAGCCCCGCCCCCGGCAGGUCCAGCGGCCUCCGCCCUUCCCCCCUCCCCCCUACGCAGACUUUAAAAAAGAGAGAAGCGGGAUGGCGCAUUUUGACUCUGGAGUGAUUGUGUGCAAACGAACCACGCCUCUGCGACGCCAGCUGUCAGAGCCUUGCAGGGGGCGUUAGGGCUGGGAAUUGACUCCAUUCAUCGACCCUCAGUCGCAAUCCCACGCAGUGAGAAAAUCUUGACUUUGCUGAAGCCCCAGGUGCAGCGGGGCUCGGCAAAGGAGGCACCUUUCUUCGUCCCCAUCCCAAUCCAAGUGUCCCUGGCUCUAUCGACGCCUAGAGACUCCAGAGUGGGCGCUAAAGUUCCCAGACUGGCAACAGGUGUCCAGGGCAGGCAUCUGACUUCCUGGAGACACUCAGGUUGCCGUUUUGAACCCCACAAAGGCCCCAGCCCGUUCUCGGAGCCGGCCGGCCGGCGCUGCUGGAAACCGCGCCUCCUCGCAGCAUGGCCACCAGCCUCAGCCUGUACGAUCACCUGCUGCCCAUCCCGCUGUCGGUCCAGCAGACCACGCUCCUGCUGCUCCUCUCAGUCCUGGCGGCGGUGCACGUGGGCCAGUGGCUGUUGAGGCAGCGGCGGCGGCAGCCAGGGUCCGCGCCACCGGGUCCCUUCGCUUGGCCGCUGAUUGGAAACGCGGCGUCUAUGGGCCCUGCGCCGCACCUCUCUUUCGCUCGCCUGGCUCGGCGCUACGGCGAUGUCUUCCAGAUCCGCCUGGGCAGCUGCCCGGUGGUGGUGCUGAACGGCGAGCGCGCCAUCCGCCAGGCCCUGGUGCAGCAGAGCGUCGCCUUCGCCGACCGGCCGCCCUUCGCCUCCUUCCGUGUGGUGUCCGGUGGCCGCAGUCUGGCGUUCGGCCAGUAUUCGGAGAGCUGGAAAGCGCAGCGGCGCGCGGCGCACAGCACGAUGCGAGCCUUCACCACGCGCCAGCCUCGCGGCUGCCGGGUCCUCGAAAGACACGUGGUGGGCGAGGCACGGGAGUUGGUAUCGCUGCUCGUGCGCGGCAGCGCGGGCGGCGCCUUCCUGGACCCGCGGCCGCUGACCGUGGUGGCGGUGGCCAAUGUCAUGAGCGCCGUGUGUUUCGGCUGUCGCUACAGCCACGACGACGCCGAGUUCCGCGAGCUGCUCAGCCACAACGAGGAGUUCGGGCGCACUGUGGGCGCGGGCAGCCUAGUGGACGUGCUGCCCUGGCUGCAGCGCUUCCCCAACCCCGUGCGCACCACCUUCCGCGAAUUCGAGCAGCUCAAUCGCAACUUCAGCAACUUUGUCCUAGAUAAGUUCCUGAGGCACCGCGAGAGCCUUCGGCCCGGAGCCGCCCCCCGCGAUAUGAUGGAUGCCUUCAUCCUUUCCGCGGGAAAGGAGGCCGCCGCGGGCUCGGGCGACGCCGGCGCGCGGCCGGACGUGGAGUACGUGCCGGCCACCGUCACAGACAUUUUCGGUGCCAGUCAGGAUACUCUCUCCACCGCGCUGCAGUGGCUGCUCAUCCUCUUCAUCAGGUAUCCGGAAGUGCAGGCUCGGGUACAGGCAGAGCUGGAUCAAGUGGUUGGUCGGGACCGGCUGCCCUGCCUGGAGGACCAACCCCACCUGCCCUACGUCAUGGCCUUUCUUUAUGAAGCCAUGCGCUUCUCUAGCUUUGUACCCGUCACCAUUCCCCAUGCCACUUUGGCCAAUGCCUCGGUCUUAGGCUACCACAUCCCCAAGGACACAGUGGUUUUUGUUAACCAGUGGUCUGUGAAUCAUGACCCGGUGAAGUGGUCUAACCCAGAAGACUUUGAUCCAGCCCGAUUCCUGGACAAGGACGGCCUCAUCAACAAGGACCUGGCCAGCAGCGUGAUGAUUUUCUCAGUGGGCAAACGGCGGUGCAUCGGGGAAGAGCUUUCCAAAAUACAGCUGUUUCUCUUCAUCUCCAUCCUGGCUCAUGAGUGCAAUUUCAGGGCCAAUCCAGAUGAGCUCUUGAAAAUGGAUUUUAAUUACGGCCUGACCAUUAAACCCAAGUCAUUUAAAGUCAAUGUCACACUCAGAGAGUCCCUGGAGCUCCUUGAUAGAGCUGUCCAAAAGUUACAAGCAGAGGAAAAUGACCAGUGAGAAGCCAAAGGCAAGCAGAAGUUUUAUAAGUAUGCAAGUCUUGUGAGAUGGGGAGUAAAAUUAAGGUGUUUUUCCCCCCAGCUCCUCUGUUCCGCUUUCCCAAUUGGCCUUUAAAAUGAGCAUAAACCCACUGACCUGCCAAUGAUGUGCUUUGCACACAUGUCGUCAAAACGUACCUCAUGAGCACUGGGCUAUGCAGGGGCUCUGGGAGAUUUUUGAGUCAAAGAGUUAAAGGGCCCAAAGAAUUUUUAUACAUAGAUUUAAUGCCGGUAAUAUUAAUAUCUUGAAGGAGCAUUCAUUAGAAUUCAAACACACAUGCACACAUAUACAGAACCACCUACUGAAAAGGCUUUUCAGUAACCAUGCCUUGCAACGGGUGAUUCAAUACUGAUGUUCUGUGUGCUGAAGUCUGCUCCACAGAAAAUUGUAUUAAGAAACAUUUCAGAAAAUAUUGUUGAAUAUGCAAAUGCAAAUAAUCUCAGUGUUAGACACAGGAUUUGGGAUGGUAAAUAAAGAGGCAUGAAGACCAGAAAUUCCCUUCUUACCUUCUCAAUAAAAUAGCUUAGAUGGACUCCAGCAUCUGUGGAUAGAUUUAUCUUUUUGCCCAUUGAUGUGCUUUCUUUUUUGGAAAAGUCAUAAAGUCAUUUGCUCAGAAAAAAAUUAAAAGUAGUUGAUUUAGUGGGUUUCAGUGAUUUCAUGAAUUUUAAAGUGUAAAUUGUUACACUGUAGAAAGUUUCAAGCUGAAGUCAGAUCUCUCUUGGUUGCCAAAGUAUAAAAUUUCAAUUAUGAGAAAAAGAAUUUACCACUCAGCUACGCUUUAAAUUGUGUGAUUGUAAUGUACUGAUUUCAGUAAAUCUCAUAGGUUAAAAGUCACCAAAUAGUUUGCAAUAUGUAUACAUAUAUUACAUAAUUAUUCAUAAGCAGUAUAUAUCCAUUAUUUUAUUAUUAAAUAGUUAUUAUUAAUUUUUUGGUCAAGAAAAGGUUGAACAAUGUCUUUCAUAAUGUCAUGGCAAAUAGAAAAGUAUGACCAAUUUAACCAAUUUUGGUUCAAAUACUGGUUAUGAGCUUGGUUAAAUCAACUGCCUAUUUGUGAGAUCAUGGAACUAGGCUGAAGCAAGCUUUCUUCUGUCAUCUAAAACUUGAAUGAGAAUUGAAAAAUCUCAAAAUUGGAUCUGUAAAGUGUGAUCCUUAAUCACUUCACAACGUGUUUAUUAAAAUUAUAUUCACAAGAUAGGAUCUCUUUUUGAAAUUAAUCUAGUUAAUACGUUAAAAUUCCAAACUCUUGGAAUGCUUACAUUUUAAUUUAAUUUUAAAGCCGUUAUUGAGUUCCCAUUGACGUUACUGGAAAUCUGAUCAUUAGCCUAUAGAAGGCAGAGAUUUUUUUAACCUAUCUCUGCCUAAUGAAUAGUGGAAAAUGCAGUGAAUUAUCUGGAUGUUCUCUUUAUUAAAUAACGGGGGAAAUUCCUGUUAAAAUGGACCUGGUUUCUCUUUUAAAUGAUUUUUUUAAAUAGCAUUGGUGUUUGUGUUCUGGAAAGUCAGAAUCUGUCUUGGGAGGUUGUCCCGAAGAUUGCAUUGUGUUUCGGUGGAGCCAGUCAGAUCGGUUGUGCUAUUUAUGGCCAGCCCAGUGAGCAAGUCAUUUUAGUAACUGUGAAAACAUAAAGCUUGAACAAAAUGUGUACAUUCAGUUUAUGUAAAUGACCUGAAUGCCUUUUUUAAAAAGUGAUGGAAAAUUGCAAAUAUACAAAGUAAAGUUUGAAGUUUUGACUUACUUUGCAUGGAAAUGUCCAAAGGAAGUCAUGCAGUAUACUAAAAGCUUACUGCUUGGUUACAUUUCGUCAAGCUUUUGGGGAUCUUUAUAUCAAAAUUAUAAAGGAAGGAGUGUAUGAUGGUUGUGUUUGUGUGUGUGGGGGGUGGUAAGGUAAAAGAGUGAAAAAAUGAAAUGGAGGAAAGAGGGUUAAACAUUUCCCCACUCAUUCAAAAUUAAUUAAUUUGAAGUAUGAAUGUUUAGAAAAAAGGUGUUUUGCAUGCCCGUGUUAAAUCCCAAGUAGAUUUAAAAAAAUCUACCACAUAGAUGCUCUAUUUUAUAAUUUGGAGUUUUUAAUUAAUAUAAUUGUAAUUUUAAUUAAUAAACCCUCACAGCAGUACCUCUUGAAUAGGAAAAAACAAUGCCAGUAUUUUUAAAGGCACUGAAGUUAACAUUAGAAAUCAGGCUUACAAUAUGUUUCAGUUUGGGGGGCACUGGCUAUUCCAAAGCAUUCCCUGCCCCCUCUCCCCUGAGCAGGACUGAGGCAGUAAUUUGGGGCUGCGCUAGUCUCCUUACUCUGAGAGAUGUGUGGCAGCAAACGCAAUCACGUACCAAUCUAGAUGCCUCAUUAGGUCAACUGGGUCCAGAUGUGCUACAGUCUGUUUUUAUGCACGUAGGUGGGCUCAGUUCAUCUGGCGCUUUCCGCAGUGGGCAAGAUGGGCUGACAGAAGAAAGCACGGAGAGCACCGGGAAGUUUCCUGGUUUAUCUAAUAUAUUUGUAACCCUGUAGAAGGAAGGAAAGUCAAACCAAAAACAAACAAAAAUAAUUGAACUGGGGGCCUACCAAGCAGGUUACUGGCUUACUCAGAAAACCCCAUUUUAUUUCUGCCAGAGAAGGAAAGUAUAUGCUGGUCACCACCUUUGUCGGAGCAUCUACUCCAGGUUUUUGCAGUAGUUAAAGUACAUUGUUUAUUGAAUGCUUCGUUUAUAUAGUAAAGCUUUGACUUUGUGAGAAAAUUGCUUUUUUCCAAAACAAGAGGAAGAUGUCUCAGGAUUGCUUUGUGGAUGAUCGAAAAGCUUUCAUGUCUCAGAACUUAGCCUUUACCUGUGAAAUACUACUACGCCUUAAUAUUUUCAUGUGAGAUCUAUAUUAGAUCAAAUAGUUGCACAGCACUAUGUAGUAAUUUGUAUGAUUUUUGGCUAUGACACGACUAUGUAAUACAAAGGUAUACUUCAGUAGAUGUUUAUUAUUCAAGGAUAGCUUCUUAUUUAACCUUUUCUUAUUUUUGUAUUUGAUCCUGUGUGCUCUUCAUUUGUUUGUACCCUACAUCGCAAUUAGGGUACAUGAUUGUAACCGAAAUAGAUUUGGGGGACACAGUGUUAAUACACAGCUUUUACUGUUUGAUAUAUCAAAUUUUAAAAAUUCUGUAUCCUUAAUUACCUAUAAUAGGACACCGUUUCCAAAAUAAUAAAAGUCACUUUUAUAAUCUUA